UUCUCUGAAAGAAGUACCCCAAGACAUCGGCAAGAUGAAACUUGUACUCCUGGCUCUGUUCGUGGCCGUGGCCUCUGCCAAAUUGCACUGGAAGAACACGGGUAAGUGGCAGACUAUCGCUCUAGCCGCCGACAAUAAAGAGAAGGUGGAAGAAAAUGGGCCACUCAGAGGGUUCUUGAGAGACAUCGAGUGCAAAAACAGACACUGUAACUCUGUCAACUUGACUUUCUGGGUGAAAAACAAUGGAGUGUGUGAAAAGUUCACCGUAGUCGGAGACAGAGCACCUGGAUCUGAAGGAUACACUGCUGCUUUCUCAGGACAAAAUCGCUUCAAUUUCUGUUAUCAAUCUGAGAACGUGUUGAUGAUGUGUAUCCAGAACACCGAUGAAAACGGAACCGUCACACAUAUGGUUGUAGCUGCAAUAAGACCUGGCUAUGAACACACUAACGCCCAUGAAGCCCACGAAAUGUACGCUAAAUUGGUAAAGGAAUACGGUAUUCCCGCAGAAAACGUUAUGCUUGUCGAAUUUAAAGAUCCCUGCCCUCAGUAAGAAGACCUGUUGGACAUCUCCAGAUCAUGAUGACAGAACGCAGCAGCAUCUCAGAUACCCGAAUCAUCACUCAAAUUGUAAUUCCUUCUUUCCCACUAUCAUCAUGACCUCAGUCCAUGUUUUUCUCUUUCUUCGUUUCCCACACGCCAUUGUAUCCCAUUGGAUGCCUAAAUUA